AUGACAGUAGACCCGACGCUGUCAGAAUCAACAGACCACGACCUCUGUGGUGGUGGGAAGGACUCCACCUCCGUUGAUACUGCUGCCAGUGGAGGCGCCACCGCUGCGCAAUGGUCUCUUACCGACGGAGACAGCAACUCGUUGGUCUUUGACACGAUGGGGUCCUGGACCAGCUUGCCGUUGACGGAGCAAGUGGUUCAACUCGCGCUGGACGCGGUGCGCUACAAGGCCAACUACGCGCGCACGGUGACGUCGCGACUGUGUCUGCACUACAUCAACAGCAUCCGCACGCGGGUGAGCAGCGGUCUCAUCGACUACAUGAUCUCCGUCGACGGCUGCACAAGCUCCGAGGUCGUGGGCACGGGGCGCUGCGAUAUCUACUACUGCCGGCCGUACGUGUACGAGCUGCAGAUAACGCAGAAGGCCAUCGGGAGCACCGCGUUCCUCGUCCAUUCCAUCUACCAGACGGUCGACCAGAAGACCCUGGCGGAAAUGCGCGAGGAGGAGAGCAACUUGGACUUCUCCACGUUCUCGGCAGUAACAGGAACCGAUGCAAAUGCAGCAGUGAUUCAGCAGGCGGAGACUCCGAUCCAAGACGAACAGCCACUAGCGUGGCAAGGUGACAACGGUGGCGUCCUGCAAGGCUCCGUGUUCUUUGACGACGAAGAGCCCAUUGCGUGGACGAACGAUGUGAACAAUGCAUGGGACUCGCAGCCCGUUAUCGCCACGGCGCGAUCGAUUACUCUCCGAGCUGAACCGUCUGCAGCAGAACGAGCCACUGGAUCCGAUCCGGGGGCUACGAUGGUAGCUGUCGUUGGGAUCGCAGCGGUGGCGGUCUCGACAGUCGCUUUCGUGCUGGCGCUGGCUAUCUCCCGGUUCCGUGCGCGAGCGAACGCGGCGAAGGCCAACGCCUUGAACCAGGAGUAUUCGCCGUUGCGCAGCACCCUCAACACGGCUGAGAACACGAUCUCCAUGACUAGCAGAGACAGCAUUGCGGCACAAACCAAGUCUGAGGUGGAGAAGGUGGAGUACUUUGGUUGA